CCCCGGCGCCUCCCGGACCCCGUCGUUGGACCCUAAGCCAGGGUUCCCCAGCUGGUGCGCGAGGCAAGAUGCUGAGGCGCAGCCUGGACAACCGGGACGCUCAAACCAGACAGCUGCAGGAUGCUGUGACAAAUGUGGAGAAGCAUUUUGGAGAGCUGUGCCAAAUCUUUGCUGCUUAUGUGCGGAAGACUGCCCGAUUGCGAGACAAGGCGGACCUGCUUGUGAACGAGAUCAACAUCUACGCCUCCACAGAGACCCCGCAUUUAAAGCAAGGCCUGAAGAAUUUUGCUGAUGAGUUUGCCAAACUUCAGGAUUAUCGACAAGCAGAGGUUGAAAGACUUGAAGCCAAAGUAGUUGAACCUUUGAAAGCUUAUGGCACAAUUGUAAAAAUGAAACGGGAUGAUCUCAAGGCAACAUUAACAGCAAGGAAUCGAGAAGCUAAGCAGUUGACUCAGUUAGAAAGAACACGUCAGCGAAACCCAUCUGAUCGACACGUCAUUUCACAGGCAGAAACCGAAUUACAGAGAGCGACAAUGGAUGCUACGCGAACAACUCGUCAUCUGGAGGAAACCAUUGACAACUUUGAGAAGCAGAAAAUAAGGGACAUAAAGAAUAUAUUUUCAGAAUUUAUCACAAUCGAAAUGUUAUUUCAUGGCAAAGCUUUAGAAGUGUACACUGCUGCCUAUCAAAAUAUUCAAAAGAUUGACGAGGAUGAAGAUUUAGAGGUUUUCCGAAAUUCUCUGUAUCCAUCAGAUUAUUCAUCUCGCUUAGACAUUGUAAGAGCAAAUUCAAAGUCGCCUCUUCAGAGAUCAUUGUCAGCUAAAUGUGUAUCUGGAACAGGACAGGUAUCCACCUCUCGACUAAGAAAGGACCAACACCACACAGAAGAUGAUGAUGAUGAUGAUGAUGAUGAUGAAGAUUUAGAUGUUACAGAAGAUGAAAAUUAAUUUUUCUUAAUUUUAUAUUUCUACUUUCAUCUUAGGUGACUUGAAAUCAAAGAUUACUAAGUUGUAAAACUCUAUACUCUAUUGACACAUUAAACCUCAAAAUGAAAUUCUACCAAAAAUGAAAAAUAAAUAAAGGGAAUUUAUGCUGGCCCAAACUGAAGGUUUUAAAAAAUAGUGCACACCAGCCAUUUCCACAUACUAC